AAGCUCUAUUCAAUUUCUCUUUGAGCUUAAAUCAAUUGACAGCUUGCUAAACAUGUUUAUAAAAAAAUUUCCUCCAUGCUUAUAUAUGUCCGGGUGCUUGUCCCAUUAAUUGUUUGCAAUUAUCUUCUGGAGAUUUGGUUUGAAAAAAAUAGGAUUUUUUUUUUUUGAAGAUAUGUUCCUGAUUGGCUGGAUCAUUUUGGAUUCAUCAAGAUCUAAGCUUCUCGUUGGUGUUUUUUAUCUUAAGUUUCUGUUGGCUAUUUUCUUAAUGAUAUUUGUAUUAUUUGGGUUUUCAUAUGAGUUUUUUAGGGGCAAUGAUCAGCUUUCCAUGGUUUUUAUAUAUAUAUAUCAUUGAAUUUUUGUAUUCCUUAGCUUUUAAAUCUGUGACACCCGAGUAAAGGAGAGAUACAUGAAUGAACUGAGAUCACAGUUGAAUGAGAGUGAUUCUGAGGAUAGGAUGCUUGAGAAAAACUCAAAAGAAUUGAAGUUACUACCUAUUUACUUUUCUUUUCAGUAGCUCAAUCAUAAAAACUCCAAGUAAAGCGUGCUUUGUUUGGAGCAAUCUUAUGUGGGGUGACCUCUUGGAAAUUGAAGCAUGGGAGUGAGGAUAAAACAUAUUGAAAGGACUCGUAUUGGUUUGUGGGGAUAGUAGUCUUCACUUUUCAAAGUGACAAGUAGGUAGCGUGAUCAUGUCAUAGGGAAUGCAUGGGAAUGUUGAUAUAAUGAGGUGUCGAAUCCAAAUUCCAAAUCUUGGGCAUGAGGCGUUACACAAUCAUUAAUGAAAAGUUCUGUUUAUUGUUCAAAACAAAUGUCUAUCUACUGUUUUUGCUAUCCAAAAGAUGGUUGUUCUUUGUCAGGUGAUCCCACUGUAAGGUUCCUGUCCAUUAUUUUUUCAAGAAAAUUCAUGGAUACACUUGCGUGCAACUCAAAACUGAAACAGUCUCAUAUGCAUUUUCUGAACUAUUUUGGGUUUUUGUUUAGGAUCAAACUAGUAAUUUCUUCUUUGCUUGGUAUAAAGAGCCAAAAUUUCAACGGGAGUGGACAGGAAAUGCAGAAAUACAAUUGCAAAUAAAAAUAGGCUAAUAUAAAAAUGUGUUCUGUCUAAGGGGCCUUCCAAAGUCUAUCAGUGACCCAGUUGCAAUAUUCCAGAAUGAGGUUAUGUCCCCCUAACAAAGGUUUCUUUUUAACGGGUGUUAUCUUUAUUUUCAUUAAAGAAUAAGGGGAUGUGUUCUUGAUGCCAAAUUUUCUAUUUUCAUUAAUGAAAAGACCUAGGAAAAGAAUCCAAGCUUCAAGGAGGUUUACGUUAAGGUGAUUCACUCUUACACUUUAUUUUCCUAUUGGUUGGUGGUGUGAUGAGUAGCAUGUUAGAUCAUAUUUACCGAAAGGAUCUUUUAAGGUUUUGUGGGCAAUGAUUGAGUUGAUAUUUCUUACCUGCGAUUUGCUGAUACCUGAUGAUACUUUGUUGUUUUGUAAAUAUUAUGAUGGUUUGUUGAAUUCUUGAUUGAUACAAUUGGAGCAUUUGAAUGGCUUUCAAACUGGAAAGUUAAUUGGGACAAAUCAAUGGUUUGUGGUAUUAGUAUCGAUCUUUCUACACUUGAUUAUAUGCCAGCAAGACUUAUGUUAAAUUGGAGUCAUUACCAGUUUCUUAUUCGAGAAUGCUGGGGGGUGGUAAUCUGAUAUGUUCAGAAUUUUGGUCUCCUAUUGUUGAAAAGGUUUCAAAGAAAUUGGUUAAAUGGAAAAAAUUCCAGCUUUCUUGUGGUGGAGGUUUGGCAUUAUGCAACUCGGUUCCUUCCAACAUUCCUAUAUGUGAUUUAAAAUUUUUCCAAUUUCCUUCCAAUGUAUGUUCUCAAUUAGAAAAGGCUGAGUAAAUUCUUUUGGGAAGGCAAUGCUGGUGACAAGUUUAAUCGUUUGACUCACUGGAAUAUAGUUUCUCAAUUGAUGGAUGAUGGUGGGCUUGACACUGGAGGUCUGAGUUAGAAAAAUAUUGCAAUUCUAGCAAAAUGGGAGCAGAGAUUCUGUCAUGAACAUUCUGCUUUAUGGAGAAAGGUGGCGGCUAGUAUUUAUGGGACUGAUUUCUUUGAUUGGCAUUCAAUCUGCAAGAUUAAUGGUUGACUUAGAUGCCCUUGGAAUAAUAUUUAUAAGCAAUUGAGAUUGGUGGAAAAUUUCUCCCUUUUCAAGGCUGGCAAUGGGUAAAGAUUUUUCUUUCAGCAUGAUGAUUGGCUUGGGUAAUAUUCUUUAAAAUUAUCUUAUACAAAUUUGUUGAAGGUGGUUUCUUACCUUCUUAGUUCGGUUAAUGGCAAUUGGGUUCUGCUCUUUUUUCGUGGAAGCUGGAAACUAGAUGAAGUUUGAAGGAAAUUGAAUUGUGAAUAUUGAUUACUGCUGUCUUCUUUGAGUUCAGUGAGAUUACAGGCUAAAGAAGAUCAAAUUUGUUGGAAAAUCGACCCCUCUGGAUUAUUUCCUGUAAGAUCUUUGACGAAGCAUCAAAUAUCUCAUCCUCCUUUGAAAAGUUAGUGUCUUGGCAUGGAUCAUGUUCAAUGGCCAUCUCAAUACGAUUGAUUUGCUCCCAAAAGAGCUUCCAUCUUCAGCCUUGCAGGCCUCUCUGUGUGUUUUAUGUUUUGCAGAUAAUGAAGGCAGGAUCACGUCUUCCUUCAUUGUUGAAAUACAAUGGAGCGUUGGUUAUUUAUUUAUUUAAUAUGUUCAAAUCUUUAUUGGGUUUUCUCAAAGGAUUUAAGGAGCAACUUACUUCAGUUUCUUUAUGGGCCGAUCUUAUCAUCUCAAGGACCCAAAGGAGAAAGCUAAAUCAGAGACACGAGAUUGGUUGAACAAUUUGGUUAGUGAGUUGGAAUCUCAGAUUGAUAAUUUUGAAGCUGAGAUGGAGGGUCUAUCUGUGAAGAAGGGAAAAUCAAGGCCACCUAGAUUGAUUCAUCUGGAAACUUCUAUUACUCGGCACAAGGCUCAUAUAAUGAAGCUGGAACUAAUCUUGAGACUGCUUGAUAAUGAUGAAUUGAGUCAUGAGGAUGUCAACGAUGUCAGGGAGUUUUUAGAAGACUAUGUGGAAAGGAAUCAGGAGGAUUUUGAUGAAUUCAGUGAUGUGGAUGAUCUUUACAGCUCAUUGCCACUCGAUAAGGUGGAAUCCCUUGAAGAUCUGGGUACAAUUUGCCCUCCUAGCCUUGUGAAGGGUACAACAGCUCUCAGCUUGAAGACUACUUUGGCAACAACGGGAACUCAAGUGCCUGUUACUGUUGCUCCUAAUCAUCAACCAAAUACUGUCACUCAGGAUCAGGUUGAUGAUUCAACUUUGCCAGAUGGUAACACUGAUACUCUUUUGAAGACCCCACCUCCUAAGAAUAGUGUCCUUGGUUCUUCUGCUGCUACAACACCUACCGGGAACCAUGCAGCCUCCACUUCCUUGAAUGGUGCAGUGCAUGGGUCUGGCUUGUCUGCUACAUCAGCCAUUCUUCCAGGUUCAAGUUCUGUUCGUGCUGUGGAGGCUACGGGUGCUCCUAAUUCAUCUCCGGUAAAUAUGCCCACUUCUGCAAAGGAUGAAGAAAUUUCUAGCUUCCCAGGCCGUAAAUUGUCUCCAUCAUUUGCGGAUACUGGACUUGUAAGGGGUGGCAUGGGAAGAGGUGUCACUGCUAAUCAACCAGCCUCUAGUUCCACCCAUACUUCUGGUAUUGUGGUUCCUAGCACUAUAACUCUUGGUAACGUUUCUUCUGCCUCUGAAGUCACAAAGAGAAACAUUUUGGGAUCUGAAGAACGGGCUGGUAACAGUGGCUUGGUGCAGUCUAUGGUUUCUCCUUUAAGUAAUAGAAUGGUUUUGCCUACAGCAGCUAAACCUAGUGAUGGAACGAGCUCAGUUGAUCCUAGCAAUGUUAGUGAUGCAGCGGCUAUAGGAAGUCGAGUUUUCUCUCCAGUGGUUCCUAGCAUGCAGUGGAGGCCAGGAAGUUCUUUUCAAAAUCCGAAUGAAGGAGGGCAGUUCCGUGGAAGAGCUGAAAUAGCGCCUGAUCAGAGAGAGAAGUUCUUGCAGCGUCUCCAGCAAGUUCAGCAACAGGGUCAUAGUACACUUCUUAGCAUGAAUCUUGGUGGAGGGAACAACAAACAAUUUUCUUCGCAACAGCAAAGUUCACUUCUACAGCAGUUCAACUCCCAAAAUUCAUCUGUUAGUUCUCAAGCUGGUCUGGGAAUUGGAGUUCAAGCACCAGGAGUUAAUGUUGUUACAUCUGGUUCAUUACAGCAGCAGCCAAGUUCCUUCCAGCAGUCUAAUCAGCAGGCAUUAAUGACAAGUGGGGCAAAAGAAUCUGAUGUUGCCCCUGUAAAAGUUGAAGAGCAGCAGCAGCCACAGCAGCAACAGAGUUUACCUGAAGAUACUACUACUGAUUCUGCUGCUGGUUCUGUCCUUGGAAAGAAUCUGAUGAGCGACGAUGAUUUAAAAGGCGCAUAUCCAGUUGAUACUCCAGUUGGCGUACCUGUUUCAUUGACUGAGACUGCUUCAGUGUCGAGAGAGGAUGACCUUUCUCCAGGUCAACCUUUACAGCAUGGUCAACCUUCUAAAAGUCUUGGUGUCAUUGGCCGAAGAAGUGUUUCUGACUUGGGUGCCAUUGGUGAUAACCUCGGUGGAUCCUCGUUGACUACUAGCGGAAUGCAUGAUCAAUUCCAUAAUUUGCAAAUGCUUGAGGCUGCAUUCUACAAGCUACCUCAGCCAAAAGACUCGGAGCGUCCGAGGAGCUACACUCCAAGGCACCCUGCAGUUACUCCUCCGAGCUAUCCUCAAGUGCAGGCACCUAUUAUAAACAAUCCUGCUUUAUGGGACCGGUUAGGUCUUGAGACCUAUGGCACUGACACAUUGUUCUUUGCAUUUUACUAUCAACCGAACACCUAUCAACAAUAUUUGGCUGCUAGAGAAUUAAAGAAGCAAUCUUGGAGAUAUCACAGAAAAUAUCAGACAUGGUUCCAAAGACAUGAAGAGCCGAAAGUUGCUACAGAUGAAUAUGAGCAGGGAACUUAUGUGUACUUCGAUUUCCAUUUUAAUAACGAUGAUCUACAACAUGGAUGGUGCCAAAGGAUUAAAACAGAGUUCACUUUUGAGUAUAACUACCUUGAAGAUGAACUCAACAUAUAGAGGAUGUAUGGCAGUGAUCAAGUGAUUCUAAGCUUUCCCAGGUUUCAAAAUUUCCGCCAUCCUUUUGAAGUUCUAACUCUUUUCCUGUUUUACAGAAACUAGAGAUAAAAAUGUAUCCGUAGCUUGCCAACUUGUUGUAUUAAAUAUACUGGGCAAUGGGUGAAAAGAACCGAAGUCUGCACAUUAUAAUCUUUGGUGAAGUCUCAUUUCUUGUUGAGAUAAACUUUUGAUAGCAUGAAGGGGUCUGUUCUAUCAUCUUUAUUUGUCAUUUUCAGGUUCCAUAUCAGGCAAGGUUGCAGUGAGUUAAGGGUUGAUUUAGUCUUUUUACUUCCCAUUCCCUUUUUAAUUGUAAAGGAGACAUGAUACAUGUUGAGUUAUAAAGAUAAGAUGUUAGCAUGCGUUCCCUUGUAUUAUGUAUUUUUCUCAUAACUGACCUUUGCAAAGUCCAGGAGAAAAUGAGUUAAAAUCUCCACCUU